CAGAUCUUCCGCUUCCGGGUCACGUACAGUUCAGAUGGUCUUUGUCAUUUAUUUCAGUUUGAUCCAAAAAUUCUCGUAAUUUCAUAGAAACUCGUGUUGAACUUUUGAAAUGGGUACGCAGGCUACCUCGCUAGCUAGCUAGCUAAGGUUAGCGGAACAGUUUUGCAAUCUACACCGUGCACGUUGCAGAAUACGGAGGACACGUUACGAAAACAAGUUAAAAUGGCAAAUCUCGAGCAGUGGGUAAAUGACCGUCUACACGACAUCCUGGGUUUGAGCGACAAGUAUGUGGCCCAGUUCAUGAUUGGCUCUGCACGCAAAUCAUCUGGACCUCAAGACUUUGUUUCUCGUCUGCGGGAAACGGGAACCAUUGACAUAGACCAGAGAGUGGUCAACUUCGCAGAGGAAUUGUAUAACAAGAUACCCCGGAAACAAGCUGUGGAGAAACCAGCCCGGGCAAGAGAGCGAGAAAUCCUAGAGAUCGAGAGAAAGAACCGCACUUAUACCUUGCUGGAAGACAGUGAGAGUGAGGGAGAGAUAGUGAGGGAUCGGGUAAAGGAGAAUAAGAAAGACAAGGACCGAGGAAAAAAGAGAAAGCACCUGCGGCAGAAAAGGGAAGAGAGUCCAUCUUCUAGUGAAGAAGAGACGAACAAGAGCAGCAAGAGAUCUGCUGCUGAACAAAAGGAUGGGGAGCAAGAGGAAGAGGAAGAGGAGGAGGAGUGGGAGAAGGAGGAGAGGGAGCGAUUGCAGGACCUGGAAGAACGGGAUGCCUUUGCUGAGAGAAUGAAGCUGAAAGACAAGGAUAAGACCAGGCACAUACUGGAGAGGAAUGACAAAAAGGCCUAUGAGGAGGCCCAGAAGCGACUGAAGAUGGCUGAGGAGGACCAGAGGAAAAUGCUCCCAGAGCUGAGGAAGGAGUCCCGGCAGAAGUAUCUGUCCACACGAGCGCAGGAGAAGCUGGAGGACCUGGAGGCAGAGAUCGCAGACGAUGAGUACCUCUUCUCCAGCCAGUCUCUGACGGAGCGGGAGACGCAGGAUCUCCAGUACAAGCGUACAGUCCGAGACCUGGCCAAGGAGUACAAGAAGGCAGGAGCCAAAGAGAAGGAUGAGAGGAAGAACAGAUAUUACAUGCCGGAGGAGAACAGGAGCAAGACGGUUCCCCAGCGGGAGCUGGAGCUGGACCCGGAGGAGGGUGGGCGCGAGGGCGGAGGGGAGCAGGGCCGCUGGGAGGAGGAGAGGCUGAGCGCCGCGGCCCUGCACUUCGGGGCCAAGCAGGAGCGUGAGCGAGGGAUGAAGGCCGAGAUGGAGAAGUACCAGUUGGUGCUGGAGGAGGAGGAGAUGAUCAACUUCGUCAGCGCCGUCACCAUGAAGGGAACGCGGAUGAAGAAGGAGCAGAGCGAGCCUGUGGUAUCACAGGCCGAGCAGCAGAGACAGUCCAUUCAGGAGGUGCGCCGCAGCCUGCCUGUGUUCCCCUACAGAGAGGACCUGCUCUCUGCCAUCCACCAACACCAGAUCCUCAUCGUCGAGGGCGAGACAGGCUCCGGAAAGACCACACAGAUCCCCCAGUACCUCGUGGAGGAGGGUUACACAAAUGGAGGGAUGAAGAUCGGAUGCACUCAGCCGCGGAGGGUGGCGGCCAUGUCGGUGUCAGCCAGGGUGGCUCAGGAAAUGGGUGUCAAGCUGGGCAACGAGGUGGGGUACUCGAUCAGAUUCGAAGACUGCACCUCGGAACGCACCGUGCUGAAGUACAUGACAGACGGCAUGCUGCUGAGGGAGUUCCUCACUGAACCAGAUCUCGCCAGCUACAGUGUGGUUAUAAUUGACGAGGCCCACGAGCGUACCCUUCACACCGACAUCCUGUUUGGGCUGAUAAAGGACAUCGCCCGCUUCCGGUCUGACCUGAAGGUCCUGGUGGCCAGCGCGACCCUGGACACGGAGCGCUUCUCCUGCUUCUUCGACGAUGCGCCCGUCUUCAGAAUCCCCGGCAGGAGGUUCCCUGUGGACAUUUACUACACCAAGGCGCCAGAGGCAGAUUACCUGGAGGCGUGUGUGGUGUCCGUGCUGCAGAUCCACGUCACGCAGCCCCCAGGAGACGUGCUGGUCUUCCUCACCGGACAGGAGGAGAUCGAGGCUUGCUGUGAACUCCUGCAAGAGAGGUGCAGGCGUUUGGGCUCCAAGAUCUCUGAGCUGAUUGUACUUCCCAUCUAUGCAAACCUGCCCUCCGACAUGCAAGCAAAGAUCUUCAACCCCACCCCUCCAGGGGCCCGGAAGGUGGUGGUGGCCACAAACAUUGCUGAGACCUCCCUCACCAUUGACGGGAUCAUUUAUGUGAUCGACCCUGGGUUCUGCAAGCAGAAGAGCUAUAAUGCCCGGACAGGCAUGGAGUCCCUCAUCGUCACGCCCUGCUCCAGGGCAUCGGCGAAUCAGCGGGCAGGACGUGCGGGCAGAGUAGCUGCUGGGAAGUGCUUCCGGCUUUACACUGCUUGGGCCUUCAAAAACGAGAUGGAGGAGACGACAGUGCCUGAGAUCCAGAGAACCAAUCUGGGCAACGUGGUCCUGUUGCUCAAGAGUCUUGGAAUUAAUGACCUGAUCCACUUUGACUUCAUGGAUCCGCCCCCUCAUGAGACCCUUGUCCUGGCCCUGGAGCAGCUGUACGCACUGGGUGCUCUCAAUCACCGCGGGGAGCUCACCAAGCUGGGUCGCAGGAUGGCAGAGUUACCUGUGGACCCUAUGCUGAGCAAGAUGAUCCUGGCUUCUGAACAGUAUAAGUGCUCAGAAGAGGUGGUAACCAUCGCUGCCAUGCUGUCGGUGAAUAACUCUGUCUUCUACCGGCCCAAAGACAAGGUGGUCCAUGCCGACAACGCCAGGAUGAACUUCGUUGUGCCUGGAGGAGACCACAUGGUCCUGCUGAAUGUCUAUGCACAGUGGGUGGAGAGCGGGUACUCCACUCAGUGGUGCUAUGAGAACUUCAUCCAGUUCCGCUCCAUGAAGCGGGCGCGGGACGUGCGGGAGCAGCUGGAGGGGCUGAUGGAAAGGAUCGAGGUGGAAGUGUGCAGCUGCCAGGGAGACAGCACACCCAUCCGCAAGGCUGUAACUGCGGGCUACUUCUACCACACGGCGAGGCUCAGCAAAGGGGGCUACAAGACAGUGAAGCACCAGCAGACGGUCUACGUUCACCCCAACAGCUCCCUGUUCGAGGAGCAGCCUCGCUGGCUCAUUUACCACGAGCUGGUUUUCACCACCAAAGAGUUCAUGAGACAGGUGAUAGAGAUUGAUAGCGGCUGGCUGCUGGAAGUGGCCCCGCACUACUACAAGAGCAAAGAGCUGGAGGACAGCAGCAGCAAGAAGAUGCCCCGCAAGCAGGGCAAGGCUCGGGAGGAGCUGGGGUGAAGGAGCGACCGGAGCUGACCUGACCUGAGAGACCAGAAGCCAGGCUCAACCUGGGACUCUAAUAACACCAGAAUGCCAUGUGACCUGAAGUAACUUAAUUUCUUAUCGGAGGAUUUUUUUUUUUUUUUUUUUUUUUUUGAAGCAACAAGAGCGGCAUUUCCAGUUCGCGUCUGUAUGAAGACCUGGGUUUAACACAAAUUCCUGUUCCUCAUUCCAUUGACUUAAGACGGCUCUUGUUUGCAUUUGCUGCGAUUGGUUGAGUGAUGCCAUGAGAGCAAAGGUUUCCAAAGCACGGACACAUGGACGUCUGAUCCAUUUUACAUUUAUUAGUGCCUGGUCCAAAGGACAGGAUACUGAUCUAAAAUGCAGAGCAAGGGAGUUGCCAAUUUCAUGAACAUGAUGAUCAGCUCACUACUGAGAAGUGUGAACUUUGGACAUGGUAAACUCUUAACAUGGUGAGCCAACUCUUUAACAUUGUACAAAAUUCAAUAAACAAGUAUGAUUUACAGAUUUCUAA